UCAUUUGAUUUUUCUUCCUACCAAUAGACAUUGCUGUCCAUCAGAAGAAAUAAUUAGUGUAAUAUGUAUGGAAACGUCAUCCUAUCAGUUCAGUGCCUGACUUGAAUAGCUCAUAUAAGCAACUCAUUGAUGCCAUGCAUGCUCACUGUCUUCAGAUAUGACACAACACUACACCCUUUGGGAGUUUCUCCCCUGUUCGCAAGCAGCAUUUCACAUCUGUGUUUGACAGAAGGAGAGAAGAGCACACUGUUCAACAGCCACUACCAAAAGCAGGCUAUGCAGGUGAAAAGUUAAGGCAAAACCUGGAGUCCAGUUACCCUGCCCUUCAACGCAACGUACAGCACUGCCAUAUACCGGAUUUUCUGGAACAGAGAGAAGUUUUCAGUAUUGGAAUUCACAUGACAAAAGCAAAUGGGAUUUACUGAGUGCUGAAGCCUUCAAUUAACGUUUGAUAAAUAAUGAACAUCUGAAUUAACCAGAAUUGAUGUGUUUGCCUCUAUUGUUUGAGAAGAUGCAAAGUCCACCACUCUUUUUCUUAGCCUCUUAAGAGAAGAAUUCAAAGUACUAUUUAGAGAGCGAACCCAAGGAUUUGGAAUAACUGGGAGUAAACUGGAAGCAAGCAGCAACAAAAUGAAGCAGCACCAGCAAAUGAGACAGACACAGUAGAGAAAAAGAAAUGUGAAAGCUAGUGUGCAGAAUGCAUUUCUAAUACAGAAAGCUUCCUACCUGGAGAGUGUAUCUCAGUAUUUGGAGACACAGAAUCCAGAACCUGUCUUCAGUCAUCUGCUAGCCCUGGGAUGAAAAGCCACAAUAAAGACAUGUGACCAAGGAAGGCACCACUGAACAACUGCAGCCUAUUCCUACACAUUAGAAGGAGCAGAGUUUCCAAGGUGCAUGGCAUGCUUCCAGGUGUCUUCAAAGAACAGGUGAAGAAGCAACUUAAAAGGGACUGAUGUUAAUACGCCAAGAAAAAGAAUGGAAGAAAAAUUGCACAGCAAUUCAACCAUUGUCAAUGGUACAACCCCUAACCAUAAGCAUUUAGAAGGUCAUAGCCUUUGGGAAGUAAUUACCAUUGCUACAGUGACGGCCAUUUUAAGCUUAAUAACUAUAGUGGGGAAUGUUCUUGUGAUGAUAUCCUUCAAAGUCAACAGCCAGCUCAAGACGGUGAACAAUUACUAUUUACUCAGUCUUGCGUGUGCAGACCUUAUCAUUGGAAUAUUUUCUAUGAAUCUUUAUACAUCCUACAUCUUAAUAGGGUACUGGUCUCUUGGAAGUCUAGCAUGUGACUUGUGGCUAGCCCUGGAUUAUGUAGCUAGCAAUGCCUCAGUAAUGAAUUUACUGGUUAUCAGCUUCGACCGAUAUUUUUCUAUUACACGGCCAUUAACCUACAGGGCUAAACGCACACCGAAAAGGGCUGGCAUCAUGAUUGGCCUAGCUUGGCUAAUUUCAUUUAUCCUGUGGGCACCAGUAAUCUUAUGUUGGCAGUAUUUCGUCGGGGAACGAACCGUCCCGCCUGGAGAAUGCCAGAUUCAAUUUUUGUAUGAACCCAUCAUCACCUUUGGUACUGCGAUUGCUGCUUUCUAUAUCCCGGUUUCUGUGAUGACUAUUUUGUAUUGCCGUAUUUAUAGAGAGACUGAGAAACGGACCAAGGACCUGGCCGAACUUCAAGGAUCCAGUUCUGUGGCCGAGUUCGAAAUGAUAAAGCCUCAGAAAGCGCUGCUAAAGUCCUGCUUUAGCUGCAAGCAACAAAAUUUAGCCAAAAGGGAGAGAUGUCAGGCUUCAUGGUCUUCAUCCAGCCGAAGUACUUCGGCAACAGCAAAGGCAUGUCAGAUUCAAAAUACUUGUCAUGACUGGGCUAAGGCGGACCAGCUAACCACUUGCAGCAGCUAUGCAUCCUCAGAAGAGGAGGAUAAACGUGCCUCUGAUCCCGUCUUUCAAGUAGCUUAUAAGUCUCCAGUAAAAAGCAAGGAUGAUGAACAUAAAGAGGAGAAAAAGGAAGCCUUUAUCAAAGACCAUCCUGGGGAAAAUGACUAUGAGACCCCCAAAUAUUUUCUAACCCCAACCAAAGGCCACGUUAAAAAAAGUAGUAAAUGUGUAGCUUACAAGUUCCGAUUGGUGGUUAAAGCUGAUGGUGCCAAAGAAACUAACAAUGGCUGCCGAAAAGUAAAGAUCACUCCUUGUUCUGCCACUUUAUCUAAGGACACGACUUCCGUCAAAAACAUGGAUCCAAAUAUAAACAAUCAAAUUACUAAAAGGAAAAGAAUGGUCCUUAUAAAGGAGCGCAAAGCAGCCCAAACUUUAAGCGCCAUUCUUCUAGCGUUCAUAAUCACUUGGACACCCUACAAUAUCAUGGUUUUGGUCUCCACAUUCUGCUCAGAUUGUAUUCCUUCAACGCUGUGGCACCUUGGCUAUUGGCUGUGCUAUGUGAAUAGUACUGUUAACCCAAUCUGCUAUGCUCUCUGUAACAAAACGUUCAGAAAGACAUUUAAGUUGUUGCUGUUCUGUCAGUGGAAGAAGAAAAAAAUGGAAGAAAAAUUAUACUGGCAGGGUAAUACUAAACUGCCUUAAUGUAAAGUGUUUGGGGGGGGGAACAGACCUUGGCCAAGCACUGUAAAUCAAAUUGGCUGCAAGUCUUUCAUUGUAAAGUUGUUGCUUUGCAUGUCUGGAGACAAAAGAAGCACAAUUUGUGUGGUGAUAAAGAUAUGCCUAUGGCCAUGAAGAAAGCAGCCACAAUGAUGAACAUUUCUAUAAUUGUCUGUGACUACUAAAUAGAGCAUUAUUUAUGUUGCUGUCAUAGAAAGCUUCUUUCCACAUGUUUGCCAAAUAAAAUGGCACACCAACAGACCUUAAUGGUUGGGUAUGGAAUAGACCCUUCAUUCAUUAGGUCUACUACCUGGAAAGUAACAUUAUGCCUUCCUGCACAUUUUUUCUAAGGCUUUGUCCAGUUUAGUUAUAGGUCUCCAAUAGAAUGACACUUGCAUCAACUUCCCAUACAGAAUUGUUUCUAAACCUGAUGGAAACAAAAGGAAGGCAAGUACCACUGGUCAACGAUAAAUGUCUGAGAUUUUUUUCUCAAUGGACAAAUUUGCUCUUGGAAUUAGUUGUGAGGCCAUGAACAUUGUUUGAGUUUGUAUUGUUCUUUUUCUAUGGCUGAGAGAUGGCUUAUAUGAUGUAAACUGUAUGGUUGGGGUUUUUUUUGCAAAUUAAGAAGCCAAUGAUGGUACCAAGUUUGUCAGAGAUGUUUACACUGCCUACAAACAAGGGUACUAGUUGUCUUUUUGCAUUUUAUUUGUUCAUAUUGAAGCUGCUCUGAAGGAGUUUUAUUUUUAAAAUCCUGUACAGUAUAUUGAUGCAAUCCGAUGUAUGGCUUCUAAGAAAAAGGUAAAAUCGCUUCUUUAUUACCAUUCUGAAGAACUAUCUUAGCACCCAAAUGUGCAAAAGAUUCCUGCAUUGCAGUGGGUUGGACUAGAUGACCCUCUUGGUUCCUUCCAACUCUACAAUUCUAUGAUUCUGUGUGGGUUGCAUUUUAUUUCCUGCACUGUGAAUCAGCAAUCCUACCUCACUUACCUGGGAGUAAGCCCCAUUGAAUUCAAUAUGACUUACUUUGGAGUAGUCAUGGUUAGGAUUGCACUGUGAGUUGCCUUCCGUGUAGGUGUUUUGCAGCACAUUAAGGAACAUCUUAAUCCUUUUGAUUUCUGUAGAACUUCCAAGUAUAGGAGUUCAGGACUGCAAUCUUAAGUUAUGAGUUGAAACUUGCUUAUGAAUGAGGUUAAGUACUACACAUUACCAGUGCUUUUUUUCCCUGGGGUUACGCAGGGGUACACAUACCCUAAACAUUUUGUGAAUCUAAGUUUGGCCUCAUUGAGGGGCAGUAUUUCAAUAUGAGUAGGAAAAUGAGAGUACCCCUAAACAUUUUAUUAGAAAGAAAAGCACUGCACUUACUUUUAUUUAAUUUAUCCAUAGGCUCCUCAUUUUAGGUCUAAGAUUUUACACCCUGAUCUUGAAAUGUAUUUAUUGGCAGUAAAUCAUUUGAAAUCAAUGAAUUAGGUUGCCAGUAUUAAAAAAAAAUAUGGUACUGCUUCAAGAUGCAACAGGUCCUGCUUCUGAAACAUGUAUUUCAGCUAGCACUUAACACUACACAAUUUACAUCAAUAACCUUACAAACAUACACUCAUUGAAUAGUUUGAGUCACCUUUCUCCAUGAAUCACAUAGCCCAUAUCAGUCAAAAGCAACAACAGCAAUUUGAAAAAGAGAGAGGAGUAAAAUCACAUACCUUUCUGUCCUGUGUUUUUUGGGUGGCAAUACUUGAAUGCCUAAAUCCCUAGCACAAAGUAGGUAACUCUAUCAGGAGUUUGCUGAGGAUAUGUCUGGAUAGAAAUGUUGUAUACAUAAUGGCUAUUAUAGUGCCUCUUUUUAUACCGCAGACUACUUACGACAACACGAGCAUUUCAGCAGAGAUGAUGAUCUGACAAAAUAAAGGCAGUAACUGGGAUAAUUACAGCGUAACUGGUCUGAGAACUGCAAUUAAAAUCAGCCAUCAAAAUAAACUGAUGGGACAGAAAGAAAACAACGGCAGUGGGAAGUCAGGAUGCACAAACUACGGUGAAAAUAACCUAUAUGGAAACAAACUGAUAUUUAUAUAAGAGUUUAGUAAGUUCAUGAUUUAAAAUGUUAAAAGGCCUAGAAAUUCUACCCCAGUACCCUGAUUUACUGUAUUGUCAAGUUUUGGAAAUAGGAUGUGCACCCAGAGCUCCCCACCAG